AUGCAAACACUGAGGCCUCUUGAUUUGCAUCUGGCUAUGCCAAUGAUAUUAUUCUUGUUAUAUCUUACGGCAAUGGAUAUCCAAAGGUUAGAUGGAGCUGCAAUUUGGAAUAACAACACUAUUUCUACAACCAAAUUAAAGCAAUUGAAAUGGAUUGAUGCAUCACUGGAAUGGACACGAAGGAGAAAUUGUUCAAAUGAAUUGAAUCAACAAUUGUGUAGGCAUAUCUCUAAUCGAGAUAAGACACAAAUGAAUAUCUACAUGGCUGUAUCCAAGCAUAAGAAGGACAAAUUAAAAAUUAUACUGUCUGAAAAGAUAUUUCGCAAGCAAAAAUAUGUAGCUGAUGCCGUUAUCGCUAUUGACGUAUUCCCUGAGUUAGCAUUUGGCCAUCCGGUCUACGUUUAUGCUGUUAAGCGCUCACAAAAUCGUGAUAAGUGCCAAGAACGAUUAGGUAAAUAUGUAGAUAAUGAAGAUUGCAUAUUUGCUGUUAAAUUAUUCCAUCACAAAAUCGAUUCCAUGAUUGAAACCUUACCCAGAGUAUAUGCUGGAAGUGAUAAUUCGUAUAAGCAAAUGCUAACCUGCCAAUCAGAAAUGGCUGGCUUUGCUUCGUGUCAAUCAAGAAUGAAUUAUCACCAUAAAUGGAACAAUGUUGCAAGCGCAAUGCAAUCAUAUCCUCCUAUCAAAUUUAAAUCAUGUGGGACUAAUAAAACUGAAUCGAUUGCAAUCUUAAUCAGUGGUUUUUGGAAUAACCAAAUGUCCUCUCCACGAUAUCAGGAUAAUAUCAUCAAGCUACGAAAUAAUCUGUUAAAUUUAGGUUACCGAAAAGACAACAUUAUUACAUUUUUUGCAGGUGGAGAUAAGCAACUUGAUUUUAUACCAGCUGUUAUGGAUUUGCAAAUUGUUCGAUCUAUUCGCGAAGCGUGCAAAUGCAGUAGUCGUUCAUUGUUUUUGUAUUUAAAUAGUCCAACAGUCAAUUUCAAUAAAUUGUUACUAUUGGAUAUUGAAAAUAAUGGCUUUGCAGAAUAUUACCAGACUUUACCCUAUAAGCAAAUCGUUAAUGAACUAAGAAGGUGCUCAGCAAAAAAUAAAAUUAUUGUCGUUGAUCAAUCUCAUAGCAAUCAAUUCGUGAAUAAAAUUAAGGAUCAGCAUGUUAAAGGAGCUAUUGUAGUUGGAUCAGCAGACUUUAUGAAUUAUAGUUACGGCUAUAAAUUAACCCGGCAUUUCAUUCAAGCUCACUCUAGCCAUUGUAUAGGGGAUAUUAUAAAUGAAGCAGCAAAUUCUACCAAUGGUGUUACUCAUAUAGCUGAAGACGCUAAGCCCUUCGAGUAUAACCUCUACGGAUCUAAUUGCAUCACUAAAAGCCUAGAAACAAAAAAAUAA